CUAUUGGCUAAUCUCUACCAAAUAUGUAAAUGUUAUAACAGAGACGGUUCAACCUCAUUUCAAAACCCCACACACAAGCCCCUCAGAGCGAGAGAGAUAGAAGAACAGCCUCUUUCCAUUCAGUUUGUCAUUGACCUUAGGAAACAAAUGACCGUAACCACUCUAAUUAGUUGAAGCUGUCUGGCAAGGACACACACUUCAGACUGAAACAUCAUCAUCCGGAAAAUGACUUGUGCAAGAGUCCUCCAUGCCUUUGGGAAUCACCGCCAGCCGGCCGUGACGCCUGUUGACCUCGCUGUGUGCCUGAGCCUCAGCCAACGUCGACCCCUCCACGGGCUGAUGCCGCCUUUGAAGCCUGCACCGCGUCACCGUCAGCCGACCGUCCUCCAACCCCACCGCCUCUACUCCUCUUCGCCCAGCUACUCGUCCUCACCGCCGUCCUCCUCCGUCGUGAUCACAGAGCCCCGGAGCUGCUUCCGCAGGGACGGCGGCGGUGGUCCAAGCAAGAAGCGCGUGGUCUUUGCUGACGCCAAGGGAUUGGCACUAACUGUUGUGCGCCUGUUUAUCCCUGAGGCGUCUUGCUUUGCCUCUACGCUGGCGAGGAGACCCUCCUUUCCCAAACUGCAAAGCCAACUGUUGACCUCAGACAAACUGCAGCGCCACAGGCUGCGGCUGGAUUUCCCCCAGCCGACGAUCGCCUCCCAAUCCUCUCUUGCACGCCAGCGAUACCCGUGCGUGCAGUUGGAGAGCUGCAACGUUUCGGAGCACUCCUUGAGCGGCAAAGUGCGCGUCAACCAUAUGAGCAUUGACAAGGCUGUGCAUGUGAGGGUCACCUUUGACUCCUGGCGGAGCCACCACAACAUUCACUGCACGCUACUGCAGCAGCAGCGCUUCGGGGGUUCCAACGAGGACCUUUUUGCCUUCGAUUUGAGCUUGCCAAAGAACAUCGAUCCAGCAGAGCGGGUGGAGUUCUGUGUGGUCUUCACGCCUGGAAACGGCACGACACCACAAUGGGACGACAACAGGGGGCAGAAUUACCGGCUAUUUGUGGAAACCUGCGGAUCAAAUGGUUUCCAAGGCGAUGCCUACCACUGUCAACCCACACUGUCACAAUAUCGGUCACCACUGUGGCCUUUGCACGUGUCCCCCUCCUUUAGAGGACUUCAUCAAGUUCCGUCUGAGCAGAGUGGAAAACUUGGUGUUCAUCCAAUUUAAAUUAAACCUUCGGAGAAUGAUAAUGUGACUAUGUUAAUUUAUAGAUAUUUAAGAGUAAGUGCUUUUUCUAAAACCUCCAGUGUUGGAUAGUCUGAAGUUUCACACCAAAAUGUGAACAAUGAUGAACCAGGCUGCAGGAAUGUUCUCAUUAAAUUCAGUUUUUAAAGAAG